AUGGUUGAAACCUUCUCGUUCCCGUCUGUCAAGUUUGAUCUGAUGGUCGGGGGUGAUCCAUCCAAGGCCAGACUCGGUGAUGUAGUGGUCAGCGCCCCUCCUGUAGCUCCAUCUCCCGCCGUGGUGCAAUGGGACUCAGGUGACGGAGGGGCAAGUAGUCAGUUCAGGCAGACAGGUUCACUAGACAACCAACCCCUCUCCCCCCGAACCGCUUUGACAUUACUCGAGACGGAACAUGAAAUGAACGGGUCAAAGAUAGCAGAAUACUUGGACAGACUAGGGAGGGAAUGGCCCAUGCUUGCGCCGAAGUAUCUGCGCUCGGACCUACUUCUGGAUGUCUUGUUCAGACCAGAUCAUGCCCAUGUCAACCAUCGCACUGGCUAA